UCCAUAAUUUGAUGGAGGCUGAGAUGGCCUUUCUUAGUGCUGUCUUUAUUUUAUCUGGACCCAGCUCGGUGAUGUGUUGUUUUGUUGUCUCAGAAUAUACGUGGCUAAAAUCAGACGGAAGACUUCUGCGACAAUAUGCACGGUACUUAUGGCAGCCCCAUGUUUCCCCGAGGAACAAGCUAAGGUCCAGGCCGAGCUCGAUGCAGUCAUUGGAAGGCACAGAGCGCUGACCUUCGCGGACCAAGAAUCCCUUCCUCGCCUGCAAGCAUUCAUCUCUGAGGCCUUGAGAUGGAGACCACCCUUCCCUAACGGUUCAUUGGCUCACGGAACAACCCACGAUGUGAUUUGGAUAAACCAUUGUAUUCCAGCUGGGACCACAUUGUUUGGUAACCAUUGGUCGAUCUCUCGAGAUCCAGACGUCUACCCGGAGCCUGACGUGUUCAAGCCUCAGCGCUGGAUUGACGACCAAGGUCACCUGAGAAAUGAUUUGAAAUUAUUCGUCUUUGGCUUCGGUCGGCGCGUAUGCCCCGCUCAACAACUCGCGAACAGUUUUGUGUUCAUCGACUCGCUCCUUGUUAUAUGGGCUUUCCAGCUCACUCUGGAUCCUACGAUGCCGUUGGAUGACAUGGGAUUCAUGAGUGGGGCGAAGUUAAAUGACCCGCCGUGCGCAAUUGAGUUUGAGACGAGGAUCCCGGAACUCGAGCUCGGGCGCAUGAUGCAGCAUUAUCCCCAGGUUGCACGAUAAAAUUUGAUGAUCAGAUGGGUCAGGAAGAGGACGAAUAACCAGUUCCCAACGAAUCACCAAUAUCGGCAAGUCCCUGCAGGACUCGCAGUUCAUUUAAAUUUACCCAUGAUGCGAUGCUGAACUGUGCAUUACCAUCGUUGUGUAUCUGCAUAGCACGACUGUCUUAAUAGUACCGAGCGUAGAAGAUGCAAACUCUCGAGCGUAGAGCGAUUUCGCAAACAGAUAGGUAAAGUCACUACUUUCCGCCCAAGUGGUGUUCUAGGCUCACUUCGCAGCUCACUCUAAAU